AUGUCUGGCAAACUCCGAAGGCUUCUGAAUCUGAAUCCGCAGCUUGCCCUCAAGGUCAGGCCCAGCAGCAUGGCAGCGGAUGGCUGUUGUCCUGCAAAUGCCACGGCCAUGCCCCCCGUCUCUGUAUGCUCCAAUGGUGGCAGCUGCCGAAAGGGGCUCUGUUUGCCGAGCACCUGCCGAAGCAGAACCUGGCAAUUGGUUACGUGUGAAGAAAAGCACCAGGCAUUCGGCAGUGUCCCCGAGGGCUGCGGACCAACUUCUUGCCAACCUCCCUGCCUGCCAACAAUGACUUGUGUGGGUUUUGUCUGCCAGCCCAUUCGCUCUUACACAGCUGGUGAGUCAGGCACCGGUCAGUCUCCUCGUGUGGUGAGCUCCUGCCAGCCCUCAGGUUCAGAAUCCAGCGCACGUCAGGCUCAGAGCUGUGAAGUACCCGGCCCCGGCCAGCCAAGCUCCAGCCAGCAACCUGCCUGCACAUCCGGCUCAGGCCAGGCAGCCUGUGACCCGUCAGUGGGCGGUGAUCCUAACUCCCGCCAGCCGUCCUGCUCUGAGGUAACUUCUUGUACUGACACACCUUGCCCACCAAGUGUCUGCGUAUCUUGCCCAGGCCAACCGACUUGUGGCCAAGCUGACUCAUGCCCACCUAUGAGUUGUGAGGUCCAGCCCUGCCAAUCAGCAUAUUAUCAACCCAUCUGUUACAUUUUCAAGCCUUGCCAAUCUGUUCUGUCCAUGCCUGUUCCCUGCCAGUCUUCACCUUGUGUGUUCAGUUCUUGCAAUCCUACUUGCUGUGUGCCCUCCCCUUGCCAGCCACUUUACUGCCAAACGGCUUCUUCCAUAUCCUUCGUGUGCGAGCCAGUGACUCCCUGCCCACCUCCUUGUUCUGUACCAACCACUUGCAAACCAGCUUCCUGUGGCACCGUGUGUUCUGGCACACCCACUUGUGGAUCCACUUCCGGUAACCAAGGAGGCUGCCAAUCCUCUUCCUGCCAACCAACUUGUUGUGUGACAGGUGGGGGCAAAUCGUCCAGUGGUGGCUCCACCUGCUUACAACCAGCCUCUCCAAGUAUCUAUAAUUCUAGUACCUGCUUGUCUGCUUCCUGA